CUCCCGUCUAGCCACUAUCUGCCUGUACUUAUAUUUCCUCCUCUGUAGACAUUAAAGUUACGACCUCAACUCAUCAUUCGAGGUAAUUGCUAGAUGCUUGGCACAAAAGAUCAGGGUUCAGUUGGUCAUAUCUAUUUACUCAUUUAUUGACUUGUUGUUAUGCAACUCCUUUCGAUUUCUUACCAGUCUUUCCUCAUCCUUGCCUCGACAACCACUACGGCACGAUCCAAUAGCCUACAUCUCCAACCUGGCUGUCAAUAGGCCAGCCAAACGAUUGCUGACACCAGAAAACAACAUCUCCAUGGCGGCCAUGGCGGUCAGGCUACAGCCCCGGCCUACACGAUAACUCCCACAUUAUCUAGUGCGACGGUCUUGUGCAACCGCCCGCAUAUCAUCGUGGUCUCGUUAUUCCCUGAUCUAGUCAACGGACCCGACAUGUCGACUACCUAUCCCAGCAAACCACAUCACUCAGGAAUGUCCCUAAUAAGCCCGAAUGAGAAUAGAGGGGCUUCACCCUAUAGUUUGCUGCCUCUUUUCCAGAGUCAACAAAGACAAUGGUCAGCCGGGCUGGAAUGGUUGUGUCAAGCCGUAUACCAACGACUGACGACGCGAUCUCUAUGUACACCUCUUACACGCCUUUUUACGUCUUUGCUGCACUGCGCCCGGGUCUCCUUUUAUUUUACUUUAUUUUACUUUAUUUUAUUUUAUUUUAUUUUAUUUUAUUCUCCUUCCUCUUCUCAAAACCGGUUGCUGUGAGCCAUGGCAGGCAAACAUGUUUUUGGACCUCGUCAGCUCGUGCCGGGGCGUUAUCAUUUAUCCAUGCCACUUUGCUGCAAGUAGCACACCCGGUUCUGCCGACGUGCGUCUUUGUGUUACCUUCAGAGUUCAGACAGACAGUCUCUCAUGGGCGUCUUCCGCCGUCUUGACGGAUCCUCGCCAUCGGCAAUCCCAUUUCGUCGACUUUCUGGAGCUCAUCGACGCGGAUUGGAUGUUCUCUCCGCCUUGACCUCCGACCGGCCUUGGCCGAGGCUCUUGUUUUUGAUCAGGUAAUCCUGACCGAUGCCCUUCACAUCCUGGCAACUCGACAACUUUGUGUAGCCCUGGCGCUUCGAGGCGGCUGAUUGCUCGUACAUAGUACAGUACUUUGACUGUAUGUAUGUACCAAUUGGUGUCGCAGCCUUCGUCCCGUCUAACCCCACACUCAUUUAAACCCUCCUCCCAGUCCCAGCAGUCUGGAUGGUGGACUGUCGCAGGACCCUAGCAAACCUGGCGUCCUAAGACCAUCGUCGUCACAAAACCCGCAUUUAUAGAUCACUCACUCACUAUUGCUGUUGCUGUUGCUGUUGCUUUGCUAUUGCUUAUUAUCCUACCCUUCCAGGUUCGAGUUAUCAAAGCAUAUCUAUCCUCUUCUCUUCCAUCGUGAGCUUCUUAUCCAGCCAGAUGGCCUCGAUUCUGAGUUUCCAUCAUUGAGCCAUUCUAGUUACUAAGUUAGUCCAACCUCGCCGGCCUCCCUAUCUGCGGAGCCGCUCACGACAAAUUCAACGACUCGGCGCAUCUUUCUUCUCCACGCUUGUCAAGCCGUCACCCAAUAUUGUUUCAUACUUACUAUUUGGAAGCUUGAUUUAUGCCCAAGGGGGUUGGGUUCUUGUGGAGACUACGCACUUAACCGAGACGAGUAGCUUCAUCGACUGUUCCAAAUCAGCCAUGUAACUGUAUCGUCAGUUUCGAUACUACACGCAGUUGAAAAUCAUGUCAACUAUGCAAAGCCAGAGUUCACCGGCUACUUUGCUAUGGGAUCACCAAGACUUGAUUCCUCUCCAAAAGAACCUAGGUGAUGAGGAUUUGGUCUUGUUAUUAACACCUGCUGCCGUCCCUAUAGACCAGAGUCUUGCCAAUGCAAGUGACCCUUUCGAGCCUCUCGGUAAAGCACUUGCGCGCACACAUCCAUGGAUCCGGCAUGUUCCCUACACAAAGGAGCGUGGCAUUACCGGCAUUCAUGUGGCAUUCAUCAAGAGAGCACGAGUCAUUAUCUUCGUGCUUACUGGCUUCUCGACUGAGGAAGGUUUAUUUCAGCUUGAACUCGCCGAGGUUGCUCGUGAGGUGUGUGAAGAACGCCCCUUAGUGCUUAUAGCCUGCUGUGAAGUUUCGGAAAAGGGGGCCCGCGAGUAUGGUUUCCCAACCAUCAUUCGGUGUCCGGGGUACUUUGCGGCAGAUUUACAAGCCGUCGCCGUUCUUUUGACAAGUGAACGACCGACAGCAACAGAGGCCACGCCAACGGCCGGUAACUCUCCUCCUCCGCCUACUUGGUCGCUCCUAAAAUGGGACUACGACAGGGAUCUCCCAGAAACUCACGCUUUAUGGGAUGCAUGUUUGCCUUCCAAGUUCCAUCUAGAUCGCUCAACUCUUGGUUCUCUCUUAAAACGCGAUGGAUAUGCCAUGCAUUACAUGGUCAGAGAACCCAAUCAAGGGCAGGCCAUUGGAUUUUGUGCAACAUUCACAACGUUUACGGAUAGCAGUGGCGACCGGCUGAUUGGAUCAGUAGCUGCUAUUAUCGUCCACAAAGACUUUCGGGGUCAAGGUGUUGGGCGCUUCCUCCACGACGAAGUUGUGAGCAAACUUAACAAGAUUCGAGGUGUCGGAAUCAUUCAACUUGGAAGCACAUUUCCAAGAUUGCUUUACGGUCUUCCCGCACCCGAAACCGAUACGGAGUGGUUCGAAAAACGAGGUUGGAACAUGAAGGAGUCCACACCUGGAAACGGGCGGCGGGUGCUCGACUGGCUCUUGAGAUUUGCCGACCAUCCAGUUCCUGAUCUGGCCUCCGCUGGCUUGACGUUCAGGCCAUGCCAGCUAACAGAUUACCAGAAGGUUGUCGAGAUGGCAAAUAAGGAGUCACAGAAGAGAUACGGGUUUGGGUGGUACGACCAAUACGCCAAAACUAUCGAUAGUUGCUAUAUGAAUGACAUUGUAGUCGGGCUUGAAGGGGAAAAUCUGGUUGCUGCGGCAAUAACAUAUUUUCCAAAUAAUGGCAGCCCUUGCGGCGCAGAUAUUCCAUGGCCCGCCUCAAUCGGACAGAGCAUCGGAGGAGUUUCAUGCAUCUGCAUCAAAGAUGAAGACCCAGAUAUGGUCAAUCGCCGUGACUCUGUGGCUACGAGAUUGCUCCUGGCUUGUCGGCAGACUCUGAGUGAGAGAGGAAUGGUUGGGAUGUUUAUUGAUGGCAGCAGAUCUGACGAAAAUGUGCUGCAGUCUUUAGGCUUUUGCAAAUGGGCAGAAUACAAAGAGCUUUGGCGCAAAGUCUAAGGUAGGAAUGAAUCUCUAUAACACCAGGGGCCACACAAUAUGAACAUGGUCAACAAUUUUGCCCAAAACAGCCGGCAAAAGGAAGACGUUUGCUCAACGAAUUUUUUAUGAACGGAAAUCCAAAAUACAGCUCCCGAGGACGCGCCUCUUGCAGCUCUAUCUUGGGUACCAAUCUUUGUUAUCUGGCUUUUGCGACACUUGGCGCAGAGUUACAACUUAUAUCCUCCCUUUCUACAUCAUCCAAAGAAAUCACGAUACGAUACGAUCCAACAGAUUACCAUGAACAGCAGCAUACUGCGCCGGGCGGCGUAUUUGACCACCUAAGGUAUACCGUGGCGCAAGUUCACUAUGCAAGAGCAACUGUUUGCCCUCGUCAGACAUUGGUAUUAGCCAACAAGUCUCGUUUUAAUCCACAACCUAUUUUCACGCCUAGGACAUUACCGGGUAUCUAGCAGAAUGAACCGAUUCUGGAUUGUGCGUUUCUAUCAGCGGCUGACGUGCGACAAAAGACUACGAUGGAUUUUGCCAUCCAACUUCGGAGCCCUGCAAUAGCGAAUUACGAGGUGUGGUCUGCCUGCAGUGCUCCUACUGUCCCUACGUUGCCAACGCAGAAUAACCCCUUAAUGCAUGCAUCUCAUAAACCCUAUUGGCUCUUUCACUCAUGUCACUAUCCUUAAGCUCUCAUUUGCUUACAAGUGAGCCCAACCUCUGAUCCUGUGUUACCAUCCUCGUAUACCGCCCAACCGCUCAGGUUCUUGUGUCAAACAACAACCAAAGCUUAUGAAUUACCUACUGCUUUUGGAUGAGGUUUCGGCCGCAACUACUACACGCGCCGCACUUGUGUAACGGUGACCUAACUUGCUGCUAGUGGAUCAACAUGAGCCAGCCCAUUUGGGCUUACAAACACCCCAGGCAGUCAUGCAAGUAGGCAGAUUGUGAUAACGAGACGCUGCAGUCUACCAAAUGAUAUGGGGUUUUGAUAGGCGGGUUUAAGCAGUCUGAGCGUUGGUUACACAACAGCCUCUCAACUACGCAGCGUUGUACGACGGAAUAUUUUCUAUCGGCUGAUCAGGUCGAAUGAGCUCUGUACGUGAUGCGUAAGCCUGCAGGCUUUCAGAAAGUGAUUUGCUCCAUCAGGCAACCACCUUCUUAAGGCGAGGACUAUCAAGUAAUACUGGCAAGACCAUUAUAUGUCUUCUAGCAGUCUAGUAGUGUUCUACUUCGAGCGAGACACAGCUCCAGGGUAUAUCGAGGUGGGCUGUAAGCAGAAAUAGACAGAAAACAGAUUUGAAAUAGGAUAGAACAGACAAACAUCAAGUGUGACCUAGAGCAAAAACUUUUGAACCCCCCAUGACACCUUAUAUAUAGACAGACGCCUCCAGCCCCCC